CUGAGGCGAGAAAAAGAGGCGGGAAAGAGCAACUCGGCGGCGGCGGCGGCUGCCCUCCGCCCCUCCCUCCCUCGCCCCGCCCUCGCGCUGCGUCGCCAAGAUGGCGGCUCCGAGCAAGCAAUAUGGACUUAUAUUUCCCAAGAAAGCGCAGCAGAAAACCUUUGUCAAACAUGCAGUGUUUAUGGAUGACUCAGAUGACGAGUCUUCUGUGGGUGAGAGCCUUCAACGAGAAGCCUUGAAAAAGCAAGCAAUGAAACAAACCAAGCUUGAGAUCCAGAGGGCACUGGCGGAAGACUCCACAGUGUAUGAAUAUGACAAUAUUUACGACGACAUACAGCAAAAGAAGGCAGAAAGUCAUGCCAGCGCACUUGCAGGGAAAGGGGAAAAAAAGCCCAAGUACAUCCAAAAUAUUCUCAAGGCGGCUGAGCUAAGGAAGAAGGAGCAGGAAAAGAGAAUGGAGAAGAAGAUUCAGAAAGAACGUGAACUGGAAGGUGGCGCGUUUGAUGACAAAGAAGCCUUUGUAACAUCGGCCUACAAGAAGAAACUGCAAGAAAGAGCUGAGGAGGAGGAAAGAGAGAAGAGGGAGGCAGCAAUUGAGGCAUGUCUGGAUGUGACCAAGCAGAAGGAUCUCAGUGGCUUUUACAGGCACCUGCUAAACCAGGCAGUGGGGGAAGAGGAGAUGCCCAAAUGCAGCCUUCGGGAGGCCAGGAUAAAGGAAGAAGAACCCAGUGGGAAUUCCUGCGACUCCAAGCAAAUAAGCAAAAACCUGGAUGAGAGGACAAGUUCCCACAUUCCUCUAAAAGCAGAAGAUAACCCAGAUGCAGACAGUGACUUGGAAAUGGAUACUAGUGAUGAGGAGAACAGUGCUAAAGCACACACCAACAGCGGAACUGGCAACAAAAAGGAGAGUAGGCAAGGCCACUCUGACCGGAGUGGGGAGAGUUCCAGGCAUCACAGGAGCCGAAGGGACUCAAGGUCAUCCAGUGAGGAGAGAAGCUGCCAUCAAAAGGUGCCUUCAAGUCAUCCAGAGAAAGAGGAGGGCGGGGGAAGGAAGGAAAAAAGUGGGCAGCACAGGGAAAAGGAACGUGAGAGAAGACACAGACACCAUGAAAAAGAGGAGCGCUCUAGACCCGAGAACCAUCAUAGGAGACGGGAAGAACAGGAUGAGAAGCAGAGGAGAAAAGACAGGAAAGAGAGGGAUGAUUAUGAUAGAGAUCUGAAGACAUGGAGAGACAGAGAGGAAAGGUAUUCUGAGUGGGAACAGCAAGAGAAAGAGAGGCACAGAGAGAGGCACAGGGACAGGGAAAGGGAAAGGGACAAAGGGGCACAGGAACACAAAGAGGAGAAGCAGCAGCAGCAGCAGCAAGAAAGGAAAAGUAGUAGCCCUGGGCCCUUGGCGAAAGAUUGCCAUCGGGCUCCAGAAAGUGAUAGUAGGGAAGAAAACCCCCCCAACUCUGAGAGAUCAUUAGAAUUGAAGCACAGGACUUCAGGGGUGGGAGCAGAGGAAGCAGAGAAACCUCCAGAGAGCCAGAGCAAAUUUGCAAAGCGUAGUAACGAGGAGACAGUGAUGUCAGCAAGAGACCGCUACCUGGCUCGGCAGAUUGCCCGUGUGGGCACCAAGUCUUACAUAGAAAAAGAAGAGGAUUAGGUUUCAUUUCAGGAGGAGCAUAUGAGGAAGGUGACACGUGCUUAUCGCUGGUGGGAAUACCAAGGCAGGAGGGAAUUGUACACAGGAAUUGAAGUACAGUAGCUUCAGGCCAUUCAUUUUAAGAGGAUUUUUAAAAAGGGUAUCCUUUUCUGCAGGAGAAAUGGAUAGAGAGGUAUGACUUUUGGACACAGAGUGUAUAGCUUGAUAUGGGUCUGUUCACACUGACAAUCUGCACCUCAGUACCUGCUUAUGCUCUGUCUUUUCAGUGCAGUGAGCUCCAGCCUGUGGCUAAUAGCCUCACAGAGGUUUCCUUUAGAUCAUGAGCGGGGAGCCUGUGGCUCUCCAGAUAUUGCUGGGCUACAGCUCCCAUCACCCUUGGUCCUGUUGGCUGCUGGGGAUUGGAGCCCAACAACAGCUGGGGGGCCACAGCGUCCUCAUCCUUGCUCUAGAGCUUGCUGUCCAGCCACAGGUACUAGGGGAAAAUAAGUGUGAAAACCAAACUUAAUGAGGAAUACAAAUAAGCCCAGAAGCAAAAAAUAUUAUUGUUUUGUUUUAUUUUUAAAAAAAACACCACCACCACCGCUUAGUUCCACAGUGAACUUAAAUGUGGGGAGUCUUUGUUUGGAGUUUUGUUAAUUCUUCUGUGCAGAAACAUUGAAAUAAAAUGAAAGAUGUGAAUCUUA